AUGAUUGGAGUGAAGAAGGAAAGGCAUGCAUCUGACUUUACUAAAGAAGUUGGAUUCACAUCAAGUUCAUCAAUUUCCAAUAGUAGCUGUGAUGCUAACACACCGAGAUCUCGUAGUAGUUGUGGGAGUGGCAAUCAAACUAAACGUUCAUCACAGGCAGGCUGGACAGAUGAUGAGGAUAAUCUGUUGGCUGAUGUAGUGAAGAAGUUUAACGGGAGGAAUUGGAAGAAAAUAGCCCAAUAUAUUCCAGGACGGACAGACGUUCAAUGUUUACAUCGUUGGCAGAAAGUUCUUAAUCCUGAAAUUGUCAAAGGACCAUGGAGCAAAGAGGAAGAUGAUUGUAUUAUAAGGAUGGUUGAGAAGCAUGGUUGUAUGAAAUGGUCAGUUAUUGCAAAGUAUUUACCUGGUCGCAUUGGAAAACAAUGCCGGGAGAGGUGGCACAACCAUUUAGAUCCAGCUAUAAAGAAGGACACAUGGACUAAAGAGGAGGAAUCAACCCUUACACAUUACCACCAGAUAUAUGGUAACAAAUGGGCAGAAAUAGCCAGAUUUCUACCUGGAAGGACUGAUAACGCAAUUAAAAACCAUUGGAAUUGCUCUUUCAAGAGGAAGUUGGAUCUAAACAUGCCUCCCAUGCUACCAUCUAACAUUCAAGAAACUACACACACUGAUCUUCACAAUUCCGAAAUUAAAAAUGAAGGCAGGGGACUGUCGGUGGUGCAGCGAAAGACCGGUCAAAAAAGGUUAUUUGGUCGUGGAAAUUCGUUAGAAAAUGAUUUGAAUGCUUGUUCAACAGAUUUGGCUCUAGGAACCGGUGGUGACGCUUGUCUAGGCUUCGCUAGGUAUGCAAACGGUUGUGGGUUCAAAUCACCACCAAACCGCCUUCCUCUUGCGGUUCUUGAUCCUACUAAAAGCUCCCAGAUGAUCUCAGAACCCUGCAAAAGGCGUAGAAUUGAUGAAAUCAAUGAUUUGAAACUCGGGUCUUCACCAAAUUCUUUGUUUCUAAGUUUGUCUACAUUUGGACAUACUGACAGCAAUUCUACCAAAAAUGGCACAUCCUUAACCUUGGAGAACAGUUUUAGAUCUGAAAAUGGUCGGUUUUCGUGUUCUACACCGCCUGAUCUUACGCUAAGCAUCUCUUAUAGUCCAAAAUCUGCAAUUAGUUAUGAAAACCCUCCUUCAAUUAUGAGUAAGAAGGCUGGUGGUGUUAAUGGUUCGUGCCCAUCUACACCUGAUCAAGAUGAUUGUAGCGAAGAAAUCAGAACUACUGGUUCAGAAAACAUGAAGCAAGGUUCUGAUUGGUGGGUUCAUAGAUCGCAAACAUUGCUGGGAAGACGUUUGGAUUAUGUGUUUAGUUCAGAAUGGGAUCCGACUACUGUCAAAUGCUGCAACUCGAGUUCUAUGACUCCAUCCUUAAAUGUGAAUAUGGGCACAGGAUGCUGA